GAUUGCCGAUGAUGUGGACGGUGUCAGCGUCACGGAAUUACAGUCGCGAAUAGCGGUUCAUUAUUUGAAAAUAUGUUUGCCCCUCAAACCACAAUCAUUAUUUGCGUACGAGUCGGAAUAUAAUAUCGUUUCGGUGAAUAAUCGAAAAAACGAUCGCCAUGAACGGACAAUUGGCUGAUUUACUUUUCCCGGACGGAAUGCCAGGUAUUUACCGAGGGGGAACUCGCAGAUUUAAUGGAUUUUCGACCCACUGUCCAGGUGGCCUUAUUGUCUUAAUAAUAUAUAUAAUUACAACGUAGAAUUCAUGGAAAUCAUUAGUCGGUUUUACAACCGAAGAGACGUAAAUCCAAGUCUAACAUAAUGAUAAAAAGGCCAUUAGCUAAUGGCGUAGCGUAUCGAUUAUGUUCUUUGCUAGAUCCGAUGUUUACCCCACUAGGUAUCUAUAAUUCAUCUGUUUUAUAUUUUUGUGUAUUGACAAUGCACCUACUGUAUCUAUUUGAUUUUCAUGAAAAUACUUUUACUUACAUUUUUAAGUUUUCUAUCGGGCAAUAUACCUAAUAUAAUAUGUAUUUUAAUCGGACACUUAUACUAAAGUCUCUGUGCAGUUAAUAAUUUAUUUCAAAUAUCUAUAAUUGUGUGUUCUUUUUUAGAUGACUUGAAAACCGAUCCAAACAUCAAAACCUAUUUAGAUCAUCUUGGAAUGUGUACAGCAGAAGAAUUAAGUAUGUAUUCUAUAAAAAUACAAAUAAAUGGUAUAAUUUGUUUGACUAAAUUUGUUUAUCUUAGGUAAAGAACACAAGACAUUAGAAGACAAAAAUGGCGUCAUUGUAAACAUGAUCAAAGAUUUAGCCUUAAGUAAUUAUAAAACAUUUGUUAAAACUUCUCAGUGUUACGAGUCUGUUUAUACUAAAUUUGAUGAAACACAACACAAAACUGUUAUAUUGGAUAAUUAUUUGCUAAAACUUAAAACCGAAUGCCAAGAAAUGCUCCAACAGUGGGCAGAUGUUAAAGAAAAACGUCACCGUAAUACUCUUGCUAUGAUUUGGAAUUCCCGUAUUAUGCACCAUGCUCUUGAACUUCCACAACUUAUGCUUUCUUGUAUACAAAAUAAACUUUAUGAAGAAGCAUUAAAACUAGCAGACCAUUCUAGACAUUUACCCAACAAUAUACCAGCUGUAAAGGUAAUUGCUAAAAUAUAAAUUUUUCAAACCCAUGAAUUAUGAAUUAUUUAUUAUUUAUUUUAAUUUUUAAUUAUUAUUGAACUUAGUUAUUACAUACCGAAGUAGAAAAAUAUCGUUUAACUCUAAUGUCAGCACUCUGCCAAGAAUUAAGAACAGAGUUAGAAUUGCCGCAGUGUAUGCGUAUUGUUCGUCUAUUAAGAUCAUUAAACCGACUAAGUGAAGAGCAGUUGGCUGUCAAGUUUUUACAAACUAGAAAUACGUGGUUUAAUUCUAAAUUGGAAAAUAUACCCGUUGAGAGCAGUAAGUGAAUAUCAUUUUCAAUUGAUAAUAUUUCCAAAACAUCUAAACAUUCUUUGGUCUAAUAUUUAUUAUAUUUAUUUAUGUUGAUCAUAAUUUUUUUUUUUUUUAUUCUUUUCAAUGAUAAAAAUUAUUUUUCACUGGAGCAGUUUGUGACAGUCAUUGUAAGAUAAAAUGACAUUUCCACAUUUUGAAAUACAUCUAAUAAUGUUAGUUGACCAGCAGGAUGUUUUGGUAUUUUAUGAGAAGAUAAUAAACUACAAAUUUAAAAAUUGAUUGUACAUUUUUUUAUUGAAUAAUAAUUGAAUUUCUACCAGGAUUUUCUUUAAAUAAAAAUUAUAAUUUGUCAUCUACUUUCAAUGUAUCCGACUUUUCAUUCAAUUAGUUCUGAUAUAAAAAAUAUUACAAAUUACAAAAUAAAUAUCACUGAUAAAUUUAAAUCUUGAAUCUGUUUUUCUCCUAAAUCAGUAUCAUUUAAAUGUCUACUUUUUGGAAUUUUCUUUUUUCUAAUUUUAUUUGUUUAUUUGUCUAAUUAUUUAUUUAUAUUUUUGAAAAUUGUUUUUAAAAAUAACAAUAGUAUUUUGUAUCCAUUGUUUUUAUAUUUUUUUUUAUAGAUAGUCAACAUUUAUUAAAAACCAUUGAAGUAUUAAGAUCCUGUCUUUCAAGUAUAGCAACCCAAUACAACCUAAUUUUUUGCUCUGAAGAUAACUCUUCUGAAGUUGGGUCAUCAAAACAACAGUAUUAUUAUUCUUGGGCCAAUCAAAAGGUAUCUAAUUUUCUCUAAUUUUAUAUUUUUCUAUAAACAAUCUAUGUUAAUAGUUUGUUUUUAGGUAUGUCAGUUUCUCAAUAUACUCAAGAAAGAUCUUCCACACUGUCAACCAUCAUCAUUAGAAACAAUUUUUACUCAAUGUAUGUAUUUUGGUCAAUCAUUGGGUCAUAUCGGAGCAGAUUUUAGAGGUCUCAUAGCACCAGUAUUUAUUAAUGUAACUGUAAAACGAUUUUCGGACUUAUUAAAAAUAACAGAAAAGACUUGGCUAAUAGACUUGCAAACAUUUUUAAAAACAAAUAUAAAAAAUGUCAGGAUGAAUCAAACUCAUGAUGAAGUAAGGUAUUUUUAUAAUGUAUGUUUGUUGUUAAUAUUUGAAUGUGGAUUUUUUUUAUUAGGUGGAUGAUAUACCAUCACCAGUAUUUGAAUAUUAUCCUUUAGCAAAAUUUUGUAACGGUGUUAUGAGUGCUCUGAAUGAUUUAGGAGAAUAUGCUCCAUAUGCUGCUGCUGAUGAAAUUACCAAAUGUUUACAUACCACAUUACAUAACGCUUCCUGUAGUUUAUUUUCCAUGUAUUAUCAAGAAGAUUUUAAAAAUUAUGAAGAAGUAAGAAUCAACAUGGAACCCUAAAACAAAAAAACUUUGAUAUAACUCAACUAAUGAUAUUUAUAAAUUGAAUUAUUAUUUAAUCCAUCUUUCACGUGGUUUUUGAUGCUGUAUUCAAAAGUGGAUUCCAUUGAUUUUAUCUUAUUUAAGCAUUUUUAAUUUUUUUUCGAGGGUUGCAUAAUACAAAAUACAAAGUUACAUUAUUAAUAAAUGAAUAGUUAAAAAACUUAAAAUAUUUAUUUUAAGAUUUAGUCAAGUUAAAACUUAAAAACUUAAAUUUUGAGAAAUAAUCCCAAAAAACUUAAAUUAAGAGCCAAUACGUUAUCAGAAUAUUCUAAAAGUUAUAGAUACAAUAUUGUUGAGAUAAUUUUAAUAUAUAUAGUUUUUCUCUAGUGAGUUUCAUCCUGUGUGAAUGACAAAGGAGUUCAAAAUUCAAUUGAUGUAGUUGUUAAAUAUUUUUAUUUAAUUUUAAUGAAAAUACAUCCAUUGCUUGCAAUAGUCGAGAAAUAUUAAAUAAAACUUAUUUUUAGAAUGAUAAAAAAAUAUUUGGACAACUGUGCAUUUGCUUUUCAACUGAUGUUGUACCAUACGUUCAAAAGUGCUUACAUAAAGUUUAUGAACCAGCUAGCAUAGCGGCUUUUAUCGGAGUGACUACUACAUCACUUCAAAAAGAGGUUAUUUCUAUAUUUUAUUAUACGUAUAAUGUAUAUUAUGCUUAAUUUUUUAUUACAAUAAUUGUUUUAUUUUAACAUUAAUGGGUAUUAAUGCUUUUAUAACUUUGUCUGUAUUUCUUAUAUAACUUAGUUUCUUAAUUUUUAAAAACAUGUUUAUUCUUUUUAGAACCUUACGUUUAUUGAUUCAGAAAUCAUCAAUGAACCCAUAAAAGAACUCCUGGAUGAAUUUGAAAAAAAUAUUUUGAUUGAUGAUGUAUCAACAAAUUAAAUACUGUAACUAUGUUAAACAAUUACUUAUGCUUACUUUGAUAUAUUUUAAACUUUAAUGUUUUAUUUUUAGUUUAUAAAAAAUAAUAUAGUCAUAAUAUUUAUUAUUUUAUAAUUUAUAUGCUAUGAAGGUUCUCAAACAGAAUGUGGGUUACCCCCAUUGGCAAGGUUGCUGCAGGCCACAGACAUUGUCCAUCAAAUUCUAGAUGGUAGGCGAUACAUAUAAUUCUCUACAUUAUUGAAAAUUAUUGUCAUCCUGUCAUAUUUGUUGAUUUUUCUGCUGUGAUUCUAUAAUAGAUUAUCACUGUUGAUUGACUACCGUAUUUCAGAUCAUCUAUUUUAUCAAUUCUUGUUGUAUGUAACCAAAAUAUCUUAUCAUACACAAUACAAUUCCCUCCAAUGGCAACGCAAUCAACUCGCAUUCUGUUAAACUAAGCUUUUAGUCAAAUAGUCAGAUUAAAUUGUUAAGUAACUAUUAAUUUUUGAUUUUUUUUUUUAUUAGCAUUUAAUUAUAUGGGAUGACAUAAAUAAUAUUGUGUACAAAAUUCAAUUAUACUCUUGUUAUAACUAUAAUUUACCAACAGCCACUAUUCCAAAGUAAUCGCAUCCAUUUAUACAUAUAUUUUUUUUUUUAAUAUUUAAUAAAAAUAUAAACAAAUUUACUUAUUUUACAACUGUGUUAUCUUCUUUUUAUAAUUUAAAUUACUCAUUUGAUUGGAUCUUUUUGUGAUACAACUUUAUAUACUUUGAUACUAUACAUAGUUUAAUUGUUUGAGUUGAAAACCAAAAUUGUUGAUCUUUAGUUCUUAAAUCCUUAACCAAACUUCAAAUUUAAAGUUAAUUUUCACUAUUAGUUAUUGUAAAUAUAAAUAUAAUAUUUUGCUGGUAUUGGAAUAUCAGAAGACAAAUAUUUGCUUCAUUUCAUCAAUAAGAAAGAAAAAAAAUAUUAAAAAAGGUUUAUUAUGUUGAAUUUAAUUCUAAAAAUAAUUAUACAUUGUUCCCGACCUUUUUCUGAAUAUUAUUAACUCAUUUUGCCCAAAUAUUAUUUUUCUAAAUAAUAUAUUUAAAGUUCGAUAUGUAUUAUACUUUAUUUUUUAAUUCACUCAAAAUGUUUUUAAGUAAAUUCAAAUUUGAUUAAAUGGUUGAUAUUAUUACUAAACUUAUAACACCUAUAUUAUAUUAGUUCAUCAGUUUUUUUAUUUAAAUUUAUUUUUAUUUUAGAUUCAACAGAGUGGAGUAUUGCUCAGUUACUACAAAAAUUAUCUCAAUAAUUUCCUUAUCCACAC